AUGUUGUCGACGUCGGUCGAGCAGUACUCGUGCAGCUUCACAUGGUGGCCGGCCCGUUCCUCUGCAGCGGCGUCGUCAUCAUUGGCGUCAUCGGCCAUCGGCAUCGGGAGUUGCCCCCGGGGCGGUCAGGGCGCGUCAGACGAAGAAGGGAAUCGACAUGCCGCCGUUGACAUCGAGCAGGAAGAUAGUGUUCCAAAAAUAGAGCAGGCAGAUGAUCACUGCUACGUCCACAGAACACAACAUUCCCAGCUCAUAUGCCUUCUUGAAUAG